AUGGAAGUCAUUGAAGAAAACUCGCAAGAAGAUGAAAAUUUGGAAGAUCAAAGGGAAAGGAGACGUGUAAUUGACUUAGCAACUAAUCGAUAUGAACAUCCACGCGAACUUCUUCGUCGUGCAAAUACUAAUUGUAAAAGGGAAGAAGAGGAUCCAUGGCAAGGACAAAUGAUAUUACAUGGUAGAGAAAUAUUGAGAGACGAAUAUGAGCGCGGAAGAGAGAUUGCAUGUGCGAGAGGUAGACAGAGAAGAAGGGAAGAAUUAGAAGAAAGAGAGUUACAAAGCGGAUUGUGUCAUAUUGAUAAUCGAGUAAGGGGACGCGAGCGUCAUCGCAUAGAUGAUAUAGAUCAAGGUCGAAUUACUCCACAAGAAAGAGAAAUAUCAAGACAUCGAUAUGAUCGCACAGGCAAUGAAGAAACACUUGAUAGAGUAAAAAUUGAAGCAAAUACUGAAAGGCGUAGGCGAAGAAGAGAGGAAACUGAACAACAGGAGAUACAAGAGGCAAUACACCAAAACAAUCAUGAGAAUAGAUUGAGACAAGCAAGAUUAAAGAGACCCAUGCGAGAGGAUUUGGAUCAAUCAUUAAGCGAAUAA